UAAGGAAAAAAUUAAAACGUCGGCUUUCGUUCUGCUAUAAUAUAGCAAAAAAGGGAGAAAUCGUAAUGAAUGAUUCAUUUCAAAUCCAAUUUGAGUCCUUUUAAAAUGUUUAGCUAACAUAGUCUCAGAAAGUUAGUAAGCAAUCGAAGACCGAAAUACAUUAUUCAGUGUUUUCAGCAUGUUUAAAAGUAGAGGCGAUAGCAAUAUCGUUUAUAAAUGCACUGUACGGUUACUAGAAGAUACAGAAAUAUUAGAAUGUGAAUUCCAUCCCAGCUAUAAAGGUAAAUUUCUUUUGGAACAUGUAUGUCAACAAUUGAAUCUCACUGAGACAGAUUAUUUUGGGCUGCGCUAUGUUGAUGCAGGAGGUCAGAGGCAUUGGUUACAUUUAGCCAAGUUAAUAUUGAAACAAGUAAAAGAUGCAUCACCAAUACUGUUUAGCUUCCGAGUCAAGUUUUAUCCACCAAAUCCCCUGUUGCUAAAGGAGGAUGUGACAAGAUUCCAGAUAUACCUGCAGUUGAAAAGAGAUCUUCUACAUGGGAGAUUAUAUUGCACGUCCAAUGAAGCUGCUAUGCUUGGUGCACUUAUUAUACAAAUUGAGCUUGGUGACUAUGACCCGAGCAUACAUGUGGGGAACUAUGUGACAGAGAUGAGGCUUUUAUUGAGACAAACCGAUGCAAUCGAAUCGAGAAUACAGGAGUUGCACAGAGAGCCCGUGGAAGGGACGCCGGGGGGUACGGGAGGUGUUAAGGGUAUGACCACACAGGAGGCUGAGCAGACAUUUCUCAAAAUCGCCUGCCAGCUUGAUACCUAUGGUGUGGACCCGCAUCCUGUUAAAGAUCACAGAAGUAACCAACUAUACCUCGGUAUCAACCACAGUGGCAUACUGACGUUUCAAGGCAGCCGCAAGACUCAUCACUUCAAAUGGUCCGAAGUGCAUAAGAUCAAUUUCGAGGGACGCAUGUUUAUAGUCCAUUUAAAUUACCCUGAAAAAAAGCACACAGUUGGCUUCAAAUGUCCGAGCGGAGCUGCGUGCCGGCACGUGUGGUGUUGCGCGAUAGAGCAGAUGCUUUUUUACACGUUACCCUCAUCGUCGGACGCGUGCGUGUACUCGGGCGGCGGGUUGUUCUCUUGGGGUACUAAGUUCAAGUACGUCGGCAGGACGGAGCGGGAGAUAUUGGAGAGAGAUGGACUUUUGAAGCCUAGGGAUUCACAGGAAGAGGGAUCCAGUACAGGCGGUAAGAGAAAGGCGUCAAGUGUUCCCGCUACACCAUCAACGCCGAUGACUGGAGAUUUUGGUUACAGUAGUCUUCCUAGAUCAACUCACAGUGCACCGCUGGAGGAAAGUGGCACAGUUCCGGACCACGAGGUCUGCGAUGGCGGUUGUCUACUCAGUGGCCCGACCGUGGACAUAGCUCUGGCCUGCUGCGACCAUCUCAGAGCUGUCACCGAGGAGCCAAAACCCUCAGCCGCGUGUCCGGAGUACAGUGCGCGGGACCCCUUCGAGCAUUCGUCGACAGAGUCCGCGGCGACCACACACGUGACAUACGUUUCGCAGACGUCGCACGUCGCGGACGACUGGCGCCCGCCCGCCUUGCAACCCCCUCCGCGCCCCUUUAGCCUGCUUAGAGCGUUCGUGCCCUCCUUCUUGUUCGUAUGGCUCUCUCUCGCUCUAGCCGCGUUACUCCUCUUCGAAACCGACUGGCCGGUACUGCGGCAACUGAAACGCAAACCGGAGUUGGUCUCCCUACGUCAUCAUUACUACACGCCCCUGAAGGAGUACAUCAAGAGGAAGGUCAUCGAACUUUUCUGAUUGGACCGACGCAAAGUUGAUUCGUGAUAAAUAGGUGCGUUAUUGGGCCUAUAUUGUUACUGUGUAUCGGUUUUGUGAAUAAAAAAUGUUUCUUCGUAGAGUGAGCUUUAAGACUAAUUGGACUUUUUUCAGCAGAAACGACUUAAACCCUAAUUAAAUGAAUUGUUUGUAUCAAAAAUGGUCCUGUGGGCAAGGCAAGUGUUUUUCAAUCCGGUAUCUUUUUACUAGAUAAAAUUAUCAAAAUGUCAGCUCAAACGCUGCUUUGAGUGGGUUGUGUCCUUUCUACUAAACUACGUCCUUUAAAAAAGUCUCGAUGACACUUAAAUAUGUGUAAUAUAAAACUGGUAAGCAAUACAACUAGCGUUGUAGUUUUUUCGUAACAAGUUUUAUUCACGAAACCGAACGAGUCCUCUGACUUGUAUUGUUGAAUCUCGUUGGAACUGUUAUGAUGUAUGCAAUGCUAUUCAAAUAAGAAUAGUUUGGUAUGUGCCAUGUGUUAAUUUAUUAUAUUUUUA